UUCAUGGCUAAAACAGGUAUUUUCUUCAUCAAAUCCUUUAAACAAACCCCUGGGGAUGACUAAAGUAUGCAACAGGUUGUAAUCCAAGGAUUUUAUAGCUAAAUAAGGUUUAUUUUAGUCCCUGACGCUUCUCUUAAUAGUCAAUACUAGUAAGUUGGGAUAUAAGGAAACAGACUAUAUGACUCCAUCUGAGUCCAACAUGGGUGUGAGGAUCCCCAAGUCUAUCGACGAAAUUAACCUGAGCUCUUUGCCUGAAGGCCACUCGAUAAAAAUAUUCCCAAAGGCUUUAUACAAAGGAGAAUUAGUUAAUAAUAAGCGACAUGGCAAGGGCUUGAUGAGUUAUGAGAGCGGAAGGUUUUAUGACGGAGACUGGCUCAAUGACCUCAGAGAUGGCAACGGAUACGAAAAAUAUUCUAAUGGAAAUACCUAUGAAGGGGCCUUCAAACAAGGCCGAGCCCAUGGCAAAGGCACUUAUACCUGGAUAUCUGGUGAUUCAUACAAUGGACAAUGGGAAAUGGGCAUGAAGCAGGGCCAAGGCGUCUGGAAAACUCUUGACGGAGAAUCUUAUAUCGGAGAAUGGGACCAAAGCAAGCCUCAUGGCUAUGGGAUCCACAUCUGGAAGCAAGGUGAUCGUUACGAAGGACAGUGGCAGCAUGGCCUCAAGCACGGUAAAGGAACAGAUGUAUUCGCCUCAGGAGAUAUGUACAUAGGACAAUACUCUCUUGGUAAGCCAACUGGAGAAGGUACUUACCUCUGGACAAGUGGAAGUUUAUACAAAGGCAGUUUCUUCAAUGGCAUCAAGCAUGGCAAAGGCAAAUGGAUCAAAAAUAAAUUUGAUCCCAACUCUAAUAAUUAUGAAGGAGAAUACUUUAAUGAUAAAAAGAAUGGCUAUGGCGUCUUCAAAUGGAAGAGCGGAAACAUUUAUAAAGGAAAUUAUAAAGAAGACCUUAGAGAUGGAUAUGGGGAAAUGCAUUGGACUGAUGGUUCUAUCUAUAAAGGAGAGUGGGUAAAAGGUAUCCAGCAUGGCUAUGGAGAGAUGAUCUUCCCUGACGGGAAAAGAAAAUCUGGAAUUUUCGAAAAUAACACCUUUGUUGGAAGAGCUGAGAGUAAUCAAAGAUCAAGGCUUAAUAUCUCAAGAAGUAGGUCUAAAGGGAAGCUCUCUCAUGAGAAAUAUAAAGAACGAUCUUUUGACUCAAGAAAAAGUAUAAAUAAAUCUCCUCAGAUAACUUAUAAAAAUAACAGCUUAGAAGUUGAUCGAACUAUCAGAUAUUCAAGUGUUAAAAGGAAAGAUAAAAGAAAGCAGAAAAACAAUUCUACUCUAAAGCAUAGAUACGAUCAUCUCCCUUAUAUUGAUCGUAUGCCUCGUACGAACCACGGUUCACGAGAACCAAUGAGGUUUUAAUAAGUUGAACCAGACCAGAUCUAAUUUCUCUAAAAUAAUCUAUGAAAACCUGAGGUACCCAAGCCAGAAGAGAGGAGGUAAGAAGAGAAAGCAGGAAGGCAAGCCUAUCUGGAGGCCUGUAGGCAACAUCCCGGCUAGGGAUGGCUACUCAGUCAUUAGGAAGAUGUACUAUUAGACCACUAUUAUUCAAUUUUUCCGAA